UUUCACGUUGGCUCGUGAUUCAGUGCAGCGUUAACAAACAUUUUCACAAACACUUGGUUGGCAUUUAGCAAUGGCGUCGGCACUGUUCUCCGCAAUCCUCCACAAGUCUCGGAACUUCACCGCAACUUUUCUUCUUUCAAAACGAUGCUGCUCCACAGACACGAACCCAAGAAACCUCUUCUCCAGAAUCAGUCCCCUCGGAGACCCUUCAAUCAACGUUGUUCCCGUUCUCGACAAGUGGCUCGAAGAAGGUAACGCCGUCGACGGCCUCCAGCUCCAGCGCAUCAUCAAACACCUCCGUUCCCGCAACCGCUUCACUCAAGCACUUCAGGUUUCUGAGUGGAUGAGUAGCAAAGGGCUAUGCCCAAUUUCAUCAGGUGACCAAGCUGUGCAACUAAAUCUUAUUGGUAGAGUUCUUGGACUGGAUAUUGCGGAGAGGUACUUUCAGAAUUUGAGUGGUAAAGAUAAAACUGAAAAGCUUCAUGGUGCUCUUUUGAAUUGCUAUGUGAGAGAAGGAUUGGUUGAUAAGUCACUCUCCCAGAUGCAGAAGAUGAAGGACAUGGGUUUUGCUUCUCCUCUCAAUUACAAUAAUAUAAUGUGUCUCUAUACGCGAACGGAUCAACUUGAGAAAGUCCCUGGUGUUUUGGCAUCGAUGAAAGAGGAUGGUGUUUCUCCUGACAUUUUCAGCUACAGGAUUUGCAUUAACUCUUAUGGUGCGAGAUCUGACAUUGUGAGUAUGGAGAAGCUGUUGGAGGAAAUGGAAAAGGAAAGCCACAUUGACACAGACUGGAUGACAUAUUCUUCGGUGGCUAACAUCUAUAUAAAAGCAGGCCUGAAGGAGAAAGCUCUGAUCUACCUGAAGAAGUGUGAGGAUAAGGUAGACAAACGCAAUACAAUUGCCUACAAUUAUCUGAUUUCACACUAUGCAAGUCUUGGGAACAAAAAUGCCAUGAUGAGACUUUGGAAACUCCAGAAAGCCAACUGUAAGAAGCAACUUAAUAGGGAAUAUAUAACCAUGUUGGGUUCUCUGGUGAAGCUUGGGGAUCUUGAUCAUGCUGAAAAUUUACUUGCUGAGUGGGAGUUAUCUGGUAACUGCUAUGAUUUCAGAGUGCCAAACGUCCUUCUGAUUGGGUAUUCCCAGAGGGGAUUGAUUGAAAAGGCGGAAACAAUGCUCCGAAGCAUGGUCGAGAAAGGGAAGACUCCUACUCCUAACAGUUGGGCUAUCAUUGCAUCUGGAUAUGUGGCAAAGGAGAACAUGGUGAAGGCAUUUCAGUGCAUGAAGGAAGCUGCAGCUGUGCAAACCGAGAAUAAAGGUUGGAGACCAAAACCAAAUGUCAUUUCCAGCAUAUUGAAUUGGGCCACUAUUAAUAGAGAUAUAGACGAAGUAGAAGAUUUUGUCAAUUCAUUAAAGACUGUAAUUUCAAUGAAUAGGGACAUGUACCUGUCCUUGAUCAAGAUAUAUGUUAGAUGUGGGAAAGAAGUGGAUCGGAUUUUAGAGAUUAUGAAAGCUGAUAAUAUAGAGCUCGAUGAAGAGAUAGAGGAAAUUCUUAACUUAAGAUUGUAAUAAUCUUUUUUCUCCCACUAGUUUUUUGGCUUACAGACAUUUCAGUGUUCAACGAAGUACAUAACCAGAGAGAUCUUAAGAUAGCAAUAUUUGUGUUUAGAUCUAUUUGAAAGCUGCUUUUAUCGGCAUAGGCCAAUGCUGUUGUCUAAAGAAGACUGGGCCUCUAAUGUUGUAACAUCAUAGUUGGAGGGCAAUUUACUGUGUAUUGAAGAAUUAGGUGAUAAGGUCACGGGGAUCAUGACUUCACCACAUUUUAUGUCUCGUAUGAAUUUU